CCUCCCCCGCUGGCCAGGCCCCUGGGGGUUGGAUGUAAGCGUCCCGGCUCGAGUGCUGGACAAGUAACCUCGGUCUCAGCGUGGGAGGGUCAUUUCCUUCCGGGCGGGGGCCAAAUCUUCGUGAAGCCGAGCCAUUAGUCCAGCCUUCUGCCCCAGAGGAGAGUGCGGCCGUGGUCUCCGCGCCCGCCCCGCUAGUACGCUCUGGAGAACCAGCCACGCCGCCGCGCUCGGGUGCAGAAAACCGGUUUCUGCCUGCCCGCUGGAGAGAUCCCUGGCUAUCCGCCCGGCUAGGGCAUCUGCGGACAGGAGCCUCUCCAGGCGUGCGGGAUAGACCAGAGGGGAGCACACCCGCCGGGCCGGGCCGCCUGUCCUGACCCGGACUCAGACGGCUCCGCGCUCCCCCGGGAGAGGUGCCAGCCAGUCACGCGCGCACCACACUUGCGCUCACACACGCGCGCACAGCUCAAGCUCUCCGCUCCGCACACCUGCGCUCCGCCCCCCGGUCCCGGGCCGGCGGCGGGCGAAGGCAUUUGGAAACCCAGGGGUUGCUGCGGCGGCGCCUCCCACCCCCCUUCCUUCCCAGGGCCGGAGUUGUCUGAAGCCUGCUGCGGCUCCCAGCCAGCCCUCAUCCCUCUCCAUCCUUCCCUCCCCUCGCCUGCCGCUGCACCGGUAGCCGCAGCCGCAGCCCGGAGCCGGUGAGGCGGCGAAGGGGGAGGGGAAGGAAACAAGGGAUGAGCGCCGGGAGGGCGUCGGGGGCCCCGAGCAGGACUAGGACGCCCCUGGAGCCGAAACCCGAGCCGAAGCCAGAACCGAACCACCGGUACUGGGUGGGCCAGGUGCUCAGGGUGGAAGGAAUCGGAAAAGGGAGGGUGCGGGAAGGAAGGCAGGGGAGGGGGCUGCAGAGGCCGGGCCCAGGCCGGCGCGGAGCGGGUGCGGACGCUGACUCAGGCGCGACUCCUGCGCCCGCCGCCUGAGAAUUCCGUCCCGUCUUGCGCUGCAGUGUCCUUGGGAGGGACGGAAGAGCAGGGACGAGCUGGAAAGGGGAAAGCUCCGGGCGUCGGGGAAGCGGGACCAGGGUCGUGGAAGAAGACUUGCGCAGCCGCUGUCUGGCCCCGCGUUCCGGCAGCUCUUGGCGCACCAGCACCCCUGGCCCGGACAGCUCCCUGGUUGGGUAGGGGGUGGGACCGGAUCUCUGAGCCUUGCCAGUUUGGAAUCUGAGGCAUUCCUACCCCUCCCCAACAUCCCCAGCUGCAGCCCCCUCCCCCCAGGAGGCGCCCUGGCCCGCGCUCGCCCCCCAGGGCCUCAUGUCGGAACCACAGCCUGACCUGGAGCCUCCCCAGCAUGAGCUGUACAUGCUCUUCCUGCUUGUGCUGGUCUUCUUCCUCAUGGGCCUCGUAGGCUUCAUGAUCUGCCACGUGCUCAAGAAGAAGGGCUACCGCUGCCGCACAUCGAGGGGCUCGGAGCCUGACGACGCCCAGCUCCAGUCCCCUGAGGAGGAUGACAUGAAUGAGGACACAGUAGAGAGGAUUGUUCGAUGCAUCAUCCAAAAUGAAGCCAAUGCUGAGGCCUUGAAGGAGAUGCUGGGGGACAGUGAAGGAGAAGGGACAGUGCAGCUGUCCAGCGUGGAUGCCACCUCCAGCCUGCAGGAUGGAGCCCCCUCCCACCAUCACACAGUGCAUCUGGGCUCUGCAGCCCCUUGCAUCCAUUGCAGCCGCAGCAAGAGGCCCCCACUUGUCCGUCAGGGCCGCUCCAAGGAAGGAAAGAGCCGACCCCGGCCUGGAGAGACCACCGUGUUCUCUGUGGGCAGGUUUCGGGUGACACACAUUGAGAAACGCCAUGGGCUGCAUGAGCAUCGUGAUGGCUCCCCAACAGACAGGAGCUGGGGCUCUAGUGGGGGACAGGACCCAGGGGGCAGUCAGGGAUCUGGGGGAGGACAGCCCAGGGCAGGGAUGCCUGCCAUGGAGAGACUGCCCCCUGACAGGCCACAGUCCCCAGCCCUAGCCAGCCCCCCAGUGCAGAAUGGAGGACUCAGGGACAGUAGCAUAGUACCUUGUGCACUUGAGGGGAACCCUGGAGCCUCUGCAGAGCUGGUGCUGGGGGCCGGAGGCAGGGGCCCAAGUCCGGGGCUGCCCAGUCAAGAGGCAAAAGCAACCAAACUGGACAUCUCAGAUCACCAGGCGUCCCCACCACGGGGAGCAGAGGGUAUGUGAGCCUCAUUCUUCGCUGCUGCUGAAUGGACUACCAGCUGGCAGAGUCCGGGGUGGGUGGACAUGAAGCCCCUCCCCUCCACUGGACAGCACUGCCCCCAGCUGAGGGACCAGCC